AAUAUAUAGGCCCUAGUAGAAUGUGCGUAGACCGUUUUAAAGUUUGUUGUCUGCCGCAGAGUCAAGGUAGCAUUUUUUUUGUCUUUGUUUCUCACAGUCUGGUGGAAAGAUCUAGCCUACAUUUUACGACAUAGUUCUUCUGACGAGGAGUUCGUCUUUCUAUUGUUACCAUUUAGGUGUUAGCGGUAGUGUUGGUAGACUUCAUUUUCUUGAUGUUUACGAGUUAUUGAAUUUAUGUUUAUAUGUAGCGCGAUCAUUGGAGUUGCUUCUUUCUAUUUUGUUAAGUUACCGGUUUAUUAUUUCCUAUGUUAUACACGGUGAUGCGUGUAUUUUCUUUCAUUAUAUAAUUUCGUUUGAAUGUCGCUGUUAUUUAAGGCAGCUCAUCACGCUCGAAACUAUUUGUUUAAAAGAUUGUGAAGAGUGAUAUCAACUUAAACAUUUAGUGGAUUCUCCAUUAAUGUCCUUGAUUCACAUUUUUUUGGAGGCUGAGGUGCACACCACGGUAUUGACAAUACACAGUUCACUUCGCAGUCUUGAGAAACAGUUCAAAGGGGCACUGGACCUGGCCCCCCACUUAUUGUCAGUCAUUGUGAGCUACCCAGAAUACAUCAUUCGCACGUAUAAAUGAAACAGUCUGUGCAGCAGACGACCACUUUAGACGCUCACCUGAAGGUUUCAGUGGCAAGGGAUCAGCUGACCAUACUCUCGACCAAUAAGCAGUCAGUUUAAGCAGCGACAUCUAUGCUGGCAAUUAGGCGGAUUUUCUCAUUCUAGUCGUUCACAUUUUUUUUUUAACAAUUUUGUAACAUAUCGAUUUGUGCCAAAGAAAACACGAAUUUCACGCGGGUAUCACUAAACAGUUAUUGGCUGUUUACGUUUACAGAAAUCCGUCUCAUUAUUGAACAUUCCAUUUAGUGCUUUCAAUUUCCAUUAGUCCUUUACAGCUACUAAGACUUAUUUUUUGUUUAUCGUUGUUACCAAUUGGUCUUUCUUUGACUGCAAAAUGGCAACCUCGUGCACCGCGACAACGUGCGUCCAAUCGCACCCCAUGACGCUGACGAGACAGAGCAGCCGACAGGCCAACCGGCCCCUAGUCUACAUCACCAGACGCAUUCCCCAGGAGGGCCUGGACAUCUUGCUGAAGUCUUGCGACGUCAAGCUGUGGGACUCGGAGCAGCUGGUCCUCAGGGGGGAGCUCCUUCAGAGCGUGGCUGGUGUGGACGCCAUUCUGUGCAUGCAGGGGGAUAUCAUCGACGAAGAGGUGCUGUCGUCUGCUGGUCCUCAACUGCGAGUUGUGGCCACAAUGACCACAGGCACCAAGCACAUUGACAUGACUCAGUGUAAAGCAAUGGGCAUCAAGGUCAUCUCCUGUCCAGAACAACCAACUGAUGUUCUAGCUGAGCUGUCUGUUGUCCUGGUACUGCUCACCAUUAAGACCAUGCUGACAGAUGAGGACAGACUAAAUAAUCUGGAUGAUGAACGCCCUGACCUUAUUGCACAUAGUGAUGACUUUAAUUCUCUAUGGAACACCCGACCCCGUCUCAUUCGUCAGAUGUCAGAGGAGCGACUUGCUUUCCAGUGGACCAAUGGAAAACCAGGAAACAUGAACUGCCCAACAUGGAGAAAUAUCACCAAGAAAACAUUUGGAGUCUAUGGCAUGACAAAACUUGGCUUCAGUGUAGUCAAGCUCCUUAGGAGUGUUGGUGUUGACCAUGUGAUUAUUGCUGAUAAGGACUUUGAACUGGACAACAAGUCUUUAAACAUUGAUGUCCCAGAAUGCCAGAUUGUAUCUUUUGAAGAUCUCCUAAAAGAAUCAGAUAUUAUUUGUGUCUGUGGUUCUGCUGGGGAACAGUCCAAAAACAUAUUUUGUAGAGAGUCUUUUGAGAAAAUGAAAAACCAAGCCAUACUAAUCACUUCGCAGAGUGAUGAGAAGGCACUAGAUUAUGUUGAUUUGUAUGGAGCACUGAGGGAUGGCCUGAUCAAAGCCGCUGGGCUUAAUGACUGUAAUCAAGAGCCUGUUCCAUUCAAAACGCCACUUCUGGGGUUGAAGAACUGCAUUUUCUUACCACAAACAGAAGAGAGUGUCUAUGACAUGAGACACAAGAUUUCUGUUCUUAUUGCUAAGAAUCUCGUAGAUGCACUUAAAAAACGUGGGUAAAAUUAUACCAGAAGCUGGGUUAGAGAAUGUCCAUACUAAUUUUCUUCCUCUGUUAGUUUGAGAUAGAAGGUACUGUGUAGUACACUAUGUGUAUGAUAUUGAAGAUGUGUCGGUACAUAAAUUGGAUACAGUGUACAGCACUCAGUGAAGGAAAAAAAACAAAUCUUUUUCUCAAAUGCUUUUGAAUGUAAAUUUUUUUGAAAAGUUGGUUAUGGAAAAGUUAAUAUUGAAUUGAGCUGUCAUAUUCUAAUGUUUUUUUCUUCCAACAAUUAUUAUGAAUGGUUAUUAUGUUAUUGUUUUCACAAUACAAAUCACUGUAUUCAGUCUGCUUGUAAGACUAAACAAAUUUAAAAAAAAACAGUAAUAUCAGCUUCAUCUUUCUAAUUGCUGCUGCAUGUAAACAUCUUAUAUUUGUUUUCUCAUAUAGAAGUAAACUUUGUUUUUACAUAAAUGAAAUUGUACUUUCUAUAUUUCAACAGUACUUCUAAUUUACCAUGAAAUUGUACUUUAAUUAUUCAACCCUACUUACCAUCUAAUUUACCAUCAAAUUGUACUUUAAUUAUUCAACCGUACUUCUAAUUUACCAAGAAAUAAAUUUCAAAAAAUACAUUUUGUCUUACCUAAUUAUUUAUAAAAGUCACAUUAUUUGUAGGAAUUUCUUUUCACUUCAAGGUGGAAGUGACGGAUCAGUAACAUUUACCAGGCAAGAAAUACUUUGCCACCAUUCUUCUGUAAACAUAUUUCUGUGAUGAUUAUGUACCUUUUAAAAUCGUACCAGCAAUCAAUUAUAGUAUGUACUGUGCUAGCAUAAAGUAGAUUAACUUUUAACUCAUUGUAUAGAUUUAUAUAUAGAACUAAUUGUGUGUAUACAUCAAUGUUUUUUAAGAAUUUUUUUUAGAAAAUUGUUUUGGAUAUAUAAUAAUUAACAUAGUAAAUUUGUAUCUAUUUGGGAUACCCUCAGGAUGUAAUUAUCUUCUCUUAAGAAGGAACUUUUGUAAUUUAUAAGAUAAGAUAGUACAUUGCUUAAAAAAAUAUGGGAAUUAAAAGUGACAUAUAGUUGUUAUUGAAAUAAUAAUUUUUUUUAAAAACUUCAGUGUUAUUUUGUGAAUGUUUUGAUAGGUCUGUGUGACUUAAGCUUCAAUAAAUUUAUUAAGAUGGUCAACAAGAUCAUGAGUGGUGCUAUAACAGUCCAACGGACUAUGGGAUAAAAAGUAAGUCAAGUUCCCCUUUCAGACCAUGUGGUCUAUAGAGCAGAUGAUGUUAAGGUCAUCUGUUUGUUUGGCAAAUGGUUGAUGAGCAGGGUGUCAUGUGGUCAGCACAACGACCAACCUCCUUUCAUCCCCAAUUAAAGUCAGGUACCCGUCAGAGUUGGGUGGACUCCCGGGUGCCCUAAAAAUCCUGAAGUUCAAAAUCCCAGUCUUCACCAUGAUUCAAACGCAGGACCCUAGUUUCAGAAGCCAAGCACUUACCCUCUCUGCCGCCACACAUUCGAAUAUGGGAUAGGUGAAGGUGAAAUUUAUUAAUUAUUUAUCUAAUUCUGUGACAAGCUUGUAACUUUUGCCUACACCAAAUAUAAUACUGACCCACUUAUGGUCCAAAUCUGCAAACUGGUUUACUUAUCACCCAAAAUAAUGUACAAUAGUUAAAUCUCAAAUGUGCAAAUGUUUUGUAUUUAUGCUGUCAAUUUGUUUGAUACAUGAAUUCUUUGUAUGUUGGUUCAAGAUUCAUGUACCCCACUAAUUAACUAGUCUGUUUCAAGUGAUCUCACUCAUUGAUAUUGAUAAUUCUAGCGAUUUCAUCAUUCGGCUUACUCUUUUGACAUUGCACUUUCUCCAAUAAUAUUUUAAAAAAUAGUUUUUUAAACAAGGUUUUAACACAAUAUAGAUCUAAUCAUUUCAAUUUAUUAAAAAUGACUAACAAAUGUAAAACAAAAGUAAGUAAAUUAUAAAUGUUCUCAACCAGUAUCACUACAAUAUGACUUGGAAAAAUAUCACAGUAGCUUAGAUUUCAUCCUGUAGUGUUAUUGAUAUUGUCAUAGAUCAAGUACUAAUUUGUAUGUCUUACUUAGACAAAAGUUAGACCUUUGUUGUAUUGUGUGUGUGCCUUUUAUGUUAACUAAAUAUAAAUAAAACAAAAAGUUUAAGAUAAAAAAAAUA